AUGCCUCCCCGAAGCUCACUGACCAGCUCCUUCUCGGUGACUGAUGCCAACAACGAAGUGGUCUGUCCCUUGAAGAAUAACGAUGGUUCCAAUUGUCGCAAAAGAUGCUUAGGCCUUGCGCAGCUCGAUCCGUGCUACUCUGAAUUACAACUAAUCCGGUUGGUGCUUCAGGAAAAACGCUAUCGCUCUAUGCAGGAGCAUAUUCGACGUGCGCACCCGAACCACUACAUCCCGAAGCUCCCGGCCACCGAGGAGAGCUUCUUGAUGAUGGUGAACACCCCACUAGAACAACGAGUCCAGCUAUCUCCCCCAGAACCUCCUCAACCGAGGAGACCCCAUGAUGUGGCGCCGGAAAGAGAGAUCUAUGUUGCGGAUGGCUCCCCGGCCACCCCUCGAGCUCUCGAUGAACCCCACCCAGCUGCGGCCACUGCAGCAGUUGCGCUGGCACAAUUACACCACCACCGCCUGGCCUCGGAUUGGGAUACAGACAUGGAAACCCAUUCUGACACCGACUUGAGCCACCCACACAUGCGCUCGACCAUCGAACUUCCCCCACUUCGCGAUCAUUUCAAGGAGGAAUCUCUUCCCCCAUUUGCCCGGCCCCGCGAGCUUCUUCCAUCUAUUCUUAACCACUCGCCACCCGGUCGCUCAUCUACAUUACCACCAAUCCAGCGCCGAGACAAAUUUUCCCGCCCGCGCAAAUCCUCAAUCACCCAAUCUGCUCGGAAACCCAAGCAGGAUCGGCCUAGAACAAAGGAAUUUGGACGGAGACCAAGCCUUGGCGACCGCAAGGCCCUGUCAGCGGAGCCGCAAACUGCGGCUUGGGCGCAAGGCAAGCGCUGGGAGGAUUUGAUCGAAGCCGCGACGUCUGCGACCGAAGCGGACGAUGAGCACUACUCAGAGGCUGGCCGGUCGCCCACGAUUGCCCCACUACUCUCCAACGUGACGUCUGCUCCAUCUGGUGUGAAAAAUCGGUCUUCGCUACCACCCGCCUUCCAAUCCACAGGACUGCCUCCCAUUUCUUCACACCGGCCAUUCCCACCGCAUGCCUACGCCGCUUCGCCCUUGCACAAAGCAUUGACCCCACCACCGUACGAGAAUCACCGCGCCCGUGACAGCGACCUGGAACCAUUCCCAUCGAUUGAAUCGUCGCUCGAUUCCAUGUCAUCAGCAUCCGGCACCGGCAGAAAUUUCGCAUCAUCAAUUUCCGGAAUUGCGCCGUCCAUAAAUUCCGAUUCUAGCCCAGUCAUGAAUCUCAUUCCAUCCGUUUCUCAGCGCCAACAUCACCGGUUCUCGAAUCCCACACCAGCGUCAUUCCGCAACAAAGAAGUGCAGGUGUUUUGCGCCAACUGCAAACGAGCCUCCGCGCUGAAUGAGUGCUAUGCAUGUACAGAGUGCAUCUGUGGAGUUUGCCGCGAGUGUGUGGGCAUGUUUAUCUCGAGUCCGCCCGCUUCCUACCGAACCCCCGGCAAUGGGCUAUUAAACCAUGCACCGCAGGGGCCGACAAGUUACCCAGGCCCUCGCGGAUGUCCGCGAUGUCGAACAGUGGGUGGGAAGUGGAAGGCUUUCCAAAUUGACAUUAAGUGA